UCUUUUCUGUAUCGCAAAGAGGGCCCUUUCUUUCAUACGAUGCUCGCUGCGCCAUUGUACCGCUCGGGGCUCGGCCAUGAAGAAGAAGAGCUCAAGCUUCGGAUGACCGUAUACACAGAGGCACACCGGCGCCCCUCGUGAUAUCUUCUUCUCAAUUCGCAAAGACCCAUUUGGCGGAGAGGCAGAAUGAACGGUGUUUACGGUCUCCUACAGCAGUGGCAGCUGCCUUCUUCCAAGUUUCUGCUGAGGAAUUCAAAGCACUUACCCGGGAAAUAUCUGUUGCAUCGUACCCGUGUCUAUCCAAUGGUGUGCUUCUGCAAGAGCAUGCAAACAAACACUUAUGAGGUUGUGAAAGGAAGCUAUCUCCCCACCACCCAAACUGAACAAAAUACGAAAUCCAAGGAUAAAGUGUCCAUAAAAAAUGAAAAUGUUGGUGCUUUUCAAAAGUUACCAAUGGUGAUGCCUUCAGUUGACAUUCUCUAUUCAGCUCUCAGGAAGGCAAAAAGGAUAUCACCUACAAAAGGUAUUGCAAAUGUUGCGAAAAGAGAAAGGAACAAGGGCGCAAAACAACUUGAUGCACUUAUGAAAGAGUUGGCGGCUCCCUUAAAAGUCUAUGUUGAUAAUUUUCCGAAAAAAAAAUAUUUGCACCCUUACGAAAGAUCACUAGUUGAACUGACCCUUGGAGAUGGAAAUUAUGAAGAGGUAUUGAUGAAAGUAGAUACUUUGAGGAAGAAGGUGACAUCUGUGGGUAAAGAACAUGCUUCUCUCUGUGCUAAGUCCUUGUCCAAGAGAGAAGCAGAGGAAAGGUUGAGUGGAGGUAUGGGAAAACUCGAAGAAAUUUUUCAUCACGAAGGGAAGGCUAUCGAUGAGUUGUUGGACAUUGCAAAGACAUUGAGGGCAAUGCCAGUAAUUGAUCUUGAAACCCCAACUCUUUGUCUUGUUGGAGCUCCAAACGUAGGAAAGUCCUCUUUGGUCCGUAUACUCUCGACAGGAAAGCCUGAGGUCUGCAACUACCCCUUCACGACACGAGGAAUUCUUAUGGGUCACAUUGCUUUAAACUUCCAGCAUUUUCAGGUGACAGACACCCCUGGUUUGCUAAGGAGACAUGAUGAAGACAGGAAUAAUUUGGAGAAGUUAACACUUGCUGUGCUAUCACAUUUGCCGACAGCAAUACUCUAUGUGCACGAUCUCACUGGAGAAUGUGGAAUGUCGCCCUCAAAUCAGUACUUGAUAUACAAAGAAAUCAAGGAACGGUUCAAUGAUCAUCUCUGGCUUGAUGUUAUAUCCAAGAGUGAUCUGUUGCAAGAGUCCCCUGUUGUUUUUGUUUCUGAAGAUACAACAGCUGAUGACGAUGAGAUGGUCCAGUACAGGAAAAAAGGACCUGAUGGAGCAAUUCAUGUUUCCGUGAAGAGUGAAGAAGGGCUCAAUGAGCUAAAGCAAAGUGUUCACAAGCUGCUAGUUGCGCAGAUGGACAAAAUUAAAGAUGAAACGAAUGUCACAUGUCCGGAAAGUCUCACAUAAAGGUUCUCCCAGGUUCAUCCUAUAGCAAAUCAGUCAAACUGAGGGUUGCAUAUAUAAAGCGGCUUUCUCAGUCUUGACCUCAUGGCGGUUCCAAUGAAAGCAAGCAGCGUUCCCCGAGCUUAUCAGUUGUGUUGCUUGGGGUUGCCACACAUCUGUCCGAGAUCACCUUUGGUUCAUUAACAAUUCUUAUGCAGGAGAACUGUCCAACACUAUCUGCUUCAGUGACCACGGCCAUAUUUUCGUCACCCUUCUCAUGGUCCCUGAUGAAAUUUGGUUCAUUGCAGGUUCAACUCCAACUUCAAUUUUGGCCUUGGAAGAAAAAUCCCUCACCUUUCCUUUGAUCGAUCGUAGGGGCAUCUAUACUUGCCAAUGCUUUUGGAUACUACUCAAUUUAUCUAGUCUGUGUGGUAGCUAUGAUUGUGUUGUAGCUCUGGUGCGCUAGAGCCACGGUCAGCUGUUGCUGCAAUAUAAAGUUUUGUUACUUAUGUGUUCGGCAACAUAAUUUUAAAGCCGCGGCACCUCAAAACUGAGUGAAGUUACUUCCUAAAAGCCGUUUUAAGCUGUUAUAGUAAUGAAGGUGCUCCACUUGUUAGGAGUAUGUCAAGUACCUUAGAAAUGCUACCGCGUCCAUUUUCAUAGCUGAAGCUAUCGCAGGAACAAUGUACCGAACAUACUUUUAGUACUACUUUCCUCACCAAUGAUCGAUUUUUAGCUUUUUUUUGA